AUGGCGGAACGAAGUCUACCACAAAAGGCGCCCAACCCUCAGAUCGAAGGCCCAGAGCUGGGUGAGACGGGAAGACCUUUUGUUCCCGCCAAAACCCUCCACAGCGACUAUCCCCUCAUCGACUCAGACCCCCACUUCAAACGCGUCAUCGGCUAUGCCCGCCCCAGCGACUACCUCGCCGCCACGGCCUUCGCAGCCUCGGGACCCGCGCUAAUGGUCUGGUGGGAACGCAUUUCCCCCUCAGAAGUCGGCCGCGGGGGUUUCGCGCAAAUCAUGCGUCUGUCGGGCUUCAUCUCCGUCACGGCGGGUUUCAUGCUCCUGUAUUCGCGCUCCUGCAAUCGCUUCUACGGCUUCAGUGAGAACCGACGGGAAAUCGAGAUGGAUAUGCGGGAGAUGACGGAUAAAGUCAAAAAGGGAGAGCCGUUGUAUGGCAAGAGUUCGUUGACGGAGUAUAUGCAGGGUGCGGSGAGCAGGCAGAGUCGGUAUUCGGGUACCUUCUCGCAUGUCAUGCCUUGGUUUAAUUUUGUGAAUCAUAAUCAGCAUGGUGUGGAUACGGCCAAGUAUUAUCGGAAUGCGGAGAAGGAGUUGGAGGCCGAGGGGAAUGGGCAGAAGAUUUGA